GAGGUCUUUUCACUCAAGUUUGCGCCAACUCCGUGGAGAGGAUGUAGCUAGCUAGCAGUGUCGGGAUUGAUGCAUAGGAUUUAUUCAUAACAAUAAUAACUGUCCCUCGGUAUCGGCACUGUCGGUGAGCAACAUCAUCAGAAGGACACUCAUUUGCAAGCGAGUGUUUUAUACUUUACUUGUGUUAUUUAAUUAUUUUAUUAGAUUUAUUAUGGAACAGAACGGUUUUGCCUCUCUGAACAGCAUCUUUGCUAGCAGCUAUAACCACAGGAGUAGGAACAAGCACCGAGUAGGUUAGGCCUCGCAAAGGCCCUACUCUGUUUUUCUUUGGUUUCCUACAAACCGUUUUUCUGUGUCUGGCUGUAAGACGAUUUGUUUUUUGUCAUUUUGAUAUGGAAUCUUUGGAUAACCUGGAACUAUAACCAUUCAUCCACGGGAAUAUAAAGGUAGCAACAGGACUUGCUGUAUCAAUAUUGGCAUUGAAUCGACUUGGAAGUACUCUGCUCUUGCAUUGAAGCUAAACAAUCAAUUAUAAUAUAUUGCACAACUCAACUGGACUAUUUUGUUUUAGAAGAAAAUAUCCUGUUUUUGAUAUUAUACCCUACCCAACCGAUACAAGGAUUCGAUUUAAAGCUGAGCAACUCAUUGCUGUAUGAAUGUGGGACAAAAUGGAGACCCCAGCAAUAGUGUACGAUCUGGAUACCUCUGGGGGUCUAAUGGAGCAAAUUCAAACACUUCUUGCUCCCCCAAAGUCCGAAGAGGGUGACAAAAGAAGUCGAAAACCGGAGAAAGAUGCUCGGAGAAGUGGGAGAGCCACAAACCAUGAUACCUGUGACAGUUGCCGAGAGGGAGGGGACCUUCUUUGCUGUGAUCAUUGUCCUGCUGCUUUCCAUUUGCAAUGCUGCGAUCCGCCGCUGAGUGAGGAGAUGCUGCCCCCUGGAGAGUGGAUGUGUCAUCGCUGCAUGGUGCGUAGGAAGAAGCGGGAGCAGAAGGAGCAGAUUGAGCAGAUUAACGGCUUGCUGGAGCGGCAGCUGUCCAAGCAGCAGCAGCAGCAGCAGCAGCAGCAGUCGUCGUCCCCGGCGGCCGAGCUGGAGCUGGGCUCGGAGGGGGCGGGGGCGGACGGCGGGCCGGGGGCGGCGGGGCUGCGCGUCGCCGUGGCGCAGGUGCGCCUCCUGGAGCGCCGCGCCGGGAGCAGCCGGCCCGGCACGCCCACCUCCAACACCUCCACGGACACGCCCACGCCCUCGGAGCAGAACGACGUGGACGAGGACCUGCUGGACGUGGAGGACGAGGCGCCCGGCUCGGAGCCCGAGGGCCCCUCCCAGCACCUCAGGAGGCCCUUCGAGCUGCUGAUCGCCGCGGCCAUGGAGAGGAACCCCACGCAGUUCCAGCUCCCCAGCGACCUCACCUGCACCACUGCACUUCCAGGAACCAGUAAAAGGAGGAGGAAAGAGGAGAUGACGGGGAAGAAUGUGAAGAGGCCACAGCACGAGCUGGACCACAACGGGCUGGUCCCGCUGCCAGUGAAGGUGUGCUUCUCCUGCAACAGGAGCUGCAGGCUGGCUCCGCUGAUUCAGUGCGACUAUUGCCCCCUCCUGUUCCACAUGGACUGUCUCAACCCCCCCCUCGCCGCCAUGCCAACGGGCAAAUGGAUGUGCCCCAAUCACAGCGAGCACCUUGCGCUGAACCAGAGAUACCUGACCCUGAGCAACCGCUGCCAGCUCUUCGACCGCUUCCAGGACCGCAUGUCCCAGCAUGCCGUGAAGGUGGAUUUCCUACAACGGGUGCACCGGCAGAACCCCCCCAACCGCCGGGGCGCCCCCGCACACAGGAAAGCGCUCAAGGUUCCCGACGCCAUCAAGUCCCAGUACCAGUGCCCCCCGCCCACCGCGGCCCCCGCCGGAAUCCGCGACGGGGAGCUCAUCUGCAGCGGCGUCCCGGACCCCCUGCAGCAGCGCCUGCCCCCCCAGCACUUAACCAGCGAGGCCGAGCAGCAGGAGUGGCUUCGUGACGUCAUCGCGCUCCAGUGCAGCAUCGUGAGGCAUCUGUCUGCCAAGCAGACGCCGCCGUCGCCGUACCGGGGCUCGGAGCAGGCGGAGAAGGCCGGCGCCCGGCCGUGCGCGGCGGCGGAGAACAGCGCGCUGUGCUCCUCCGACAGGACCGCGCUGCCGGAGCCCUUCCCCUCCCCCUGCGGCGCGCCCGCCGGCCCCCAGGGGGCGCCGGCGCACAAGUCUUCGGGCCCCCCGGAGGAGCGGAGGGGCUGCGGCUCGUGCGCCGAGAGGCCGUGCCAGAACUGCGGCACCGCCAACGGCCUGCUGGAGCAGCCGGCCAAGCCGGGCCGGCCCUCGCUGCUGGGCGGGGCCCCGGAGCCCUGCGCGCGGGCGCAGGCCGAGCUCCAGCACAGGCUGAGCGGCCCCCCGGGGCCCCACGCGGCCCAUCCCGCCCCGGGCCCCGGCCUGCCCAACCACACGGGCGGGGUCGCGGUAAAGACGGAGGCCGCCGCCGCCGCCGCCGCCCCCGGACCCUGCGCCCACUCGGACCCGGGCCUCGCCCCUCAGCCCCACAGGACCAGUGCGGCCGGGGGGCAGGCUGCCGCCCUGACCAGCCGCAGCGUGUCCUCGCCCACGGCGGGAACCCGCGCCCUCACCCCCCCCAGAGCGCCCCAGGACACGGGCGCUGCCAGGCUGGGCUGCCCGACCCCUCCCUCCGAUGGGAAGGGCAGCCUCCGCGCCGUCUCCCCCUGCAGCGGCUCUGUGUCCUCCACCAGCGGAGAGCUGUCGCCCUGCCUGAAGGCCCUGAUCGAGGGAGAGGGGGAGAUCGAGCUGAGCAAGCUGGACGAGAAGUUCAUCAAACUGCUGGCGUGGCAGCGGAUCCAGCAGCUCUUCCCUCCCAAAGCGCCCCCGCCUCCGCCCCCGCCGCCGCCGCCGAGCCACCGCGUGAGCCCGCCCCCCGCCACCCCCUCCCCCACGCCACAGGCGCCGCACACCCAAGCACAACGAGAGGAGGUGCAGGCCAGAGCUGUGUUCUACCCUCUGAUGGGGAAAGGAGGCGCUGUGAACAUGUGCUAUAGGAGCCUCAACAUAGGAUCUGGUGCUGACAUGGAUGUGUGCCUUACAAACUACGGUCAUUGUAACUACGUUUCGGGAAAGCAUGCCUGUAUCUUUUACGAUGAGAACACGAAGCAUUACGAGCUGCUCAACUACAGCGAGCACGGGACCACGGUGGACAGCGUGCUGUACUCCUGCGACUUCUCCGAGAAGGCCUCGCCCAGCCCCUACAGCAGCAUGGUCUCCAAAGUGCAGAACAUCAUACGGCGCUGCAAGAAACGGAAGCAGCAGGAGGCCAGGGCGCAGACGGGGGAGCCGCCAGCAGGGGGAGUGAUGAGCAGCCAGUCUCAGGGGCAUUCGCUGAGCCCCUGCGGCUGCAAGGCCAGCAGCUCCAGCCUGGUGGGGGGCAGCGGGGCGGGCUGGGAGGGCACGGCCCUGCUCCACCACGGCAGCUAUAUCAAGCUGGGCUGCCUGCAGUUUGUCUUCAGCAUCACAGAGUUUGCCAGCAAGCAGCCCAAAGAGGAAACCCCCGUCCCCGCCCAGGAAGGGGCGGAGCUGUCCGAAAAGCAGCAGACUCUGAACGUCCCCCAAGUACCCGUGCUGCGCUCCAACUCUGUUCCCUAGCCCCCACACCUGCAGAAACGCCAAGGACCAGGGUGCUUGUCUAACCUGUACAAAACAAAGGGUUUAAAUAAUAAUAAUAAUUUAAUAAUUCACACAUUUGCAUGAAAUGAAGUAUUUUUGGGGACUCAGAUUUUGAGGGCGAGUUGCACAUAGAAUUUUCAAUUUUUUUUAAAUGCAAAACUUCAAACGGUUAUCUAGAUUUGCAAAAAAAGAAGGGAUACUUUAUCCUCAACGUUCUAAUACAAACAAAAAAAAAAGUCUCCCAAGUUUCCAUUGUACUUGUAAAGUAAUCGGAACUUGUUCUAUUUUGUGCCAGUAAUAGUUUUUAUAUAAACCAUGCUUUUUCAUAAAAUGAAACGUUUAUGUAUUUCUGGUCAUUUUAUUUAUGUACUGUACAUGAAAUUGUAGUGUUGCCCUGUUUUUGUUGCUGCUUUUGCACUACAGGUAGCUGAAAUUGUGUGUGUGUGUGUGUGUAUAUAUACAUGUAUACACAUGCUUUGUGUGUAUGUUUAUGUAUAUAUGUACAGAAUAUGGAUAAACGAACACACACAAGAAUGAAUCGGUAAUUUUCUGCUUAUAGAGAAUUGUUUGAUUCCAUAUACAACCACCAUUGUUUGUUUUGUUUUUUUAAUGUGCACAGUGCUUCAUGGAUUUCAGUCCUGAUGUUCGGUAGCUUUUCAGAAAAGUGUCGUAAAUGUUGUUCCAAGUCCUGUUUUUUCAAUACUGUACCACUUGUAAAUAUCGACUACCUUUUAAAGUUUCAUCUGAACAUUUUUGUGUAUUCUGUAAAUAUAAACCUACUUUGACUUUG